UUAAGGUCAACAAUCGGGACCGGGCAUACCGAAAGUCGACUACAGAUUAGAACGAGAAGGUGCGUGUUGGCAGUACAAAUAAAUUCUCCUUUGAAUAGUGAUUGUGAAGUUACCACAAAGGAGUUAAUGGACGACGCGGAGGCCGCGGUUUUCCUCCACGAAGUCCAGAUCUGGGUACAAAUUGGAGAGAAGGAAUCCAAAAUCCAACGUUGGACAUGGAACCCACAGAAAAUACUGCACUCAAAGAACAUGAUGGUCCAAAAAGUUCUUCGCCGGGGAGGAUGUCGCGGACACAGUUAUUUACAUUAAUAUCCAUUGGUUCUGUAAACUUUGGCUCAAUGAUUUGCUAUUCAAUACUUGGCCCAUUCUUUCCCAACCUGGCGUUACAGAAGGGAGCCAGCCAGACAGUCAUUGGUCUAAUAUUUGGCUGCUAUGCGCUAUGCAACUUUGUUGGUUCACUGCUAAUGGGAAAAUAUAUUGUCCAGAUUGGUGCAAAGUUCAUGCUGGUGUCAGGCCUGUUUGUGUCAGGUGGAUGCACUAUCAUAUUUGGAUUCCUUGACAGAGCUCCCUCGGGGACGGUGUUCAUCGCUCUCUGCUUCAUUGUGCGGAGCAUCGACGCCAUUGGCUUCGCUGCUGCCGCAACCUCUUCUGUCGCAUUGGCAUCUAAAGUCUUUCCAAACAAUGUAGCGACUGUCUUGGGUAGUUUGGAGAUGUUCACCGGACUGGGUCUCAUUCUGGGGCCUCCUUUAGGAGGCUGGCUGUACCAGGCUUACGGAUAUGAGCUUCCCUUCCUUGUUCUGGGCUGUAUCCUACUGCUGAUGGUUCCAUUCAACAUCAUCGUCUUGCCCAGCUGCACUGCGGAGCCCUCUGAGAAUUCCUUUUUGCAAUUGCUGAAAGUCCCCAAAGUAUUGCUCAUCUGCUUCUUCAUGUUCAGCUUAAGCUCAGGCCUGGGCUUCCUGGACACUACCUUGUCCCUGUUUGCGAUUGAGAAGUUCGGUCUUACCCCGGGCUAUGUGGGCCUCCUCUUCCUGGGGUUCUCCUUACCUUACGCUUUAAUAGCGCCUGCCCUCGGUUUCUUUGCUGAUAAAUAUCCUGCAACAAGAAGUUGGUUCAUGAUUCUCGGUGGCCUUCUCACUGGGCUCGGCUUCUGUUUUCUUGGUCCAGCACCGUUUCUCCACAUUACCAGCCAGCUGUGGUUGUUGAUCUUCAUGCUGUGUGUGAUUGGCUUUGGUUUGGGCGCAGGUUUCAUGCCCUGCUUACCAGAGAUCAUUUCAGCAGCCUAUGAACAGGGCUUUGAAGAUGGACUUAGCACUCUGGGAAUGGUGUCUGGACUCUUUGGGGCCUGUUGGUCCAUUGGGAUAUUCUAUGGACCCAUGAUGGGUGGCUUCCUCACCCAGCAGCUAACCUUUGUGUGGGCGGCAACCAUCCAAGGAGGGCUUUCAGGUUUGGCUACCACGCUACUUGGGAUUUUUUAUCUCUAUGCAAGUUUCAAGAAGCACAGUGUUGCACAGGUAUCUGUAAACGAUAGUCCAGGAGACAGAGACAGGCUUCUGGCCUAACCAACAGCUGAAGAAGACUUUGAUGGGGUGUUAGAAGCCUGACUGGAUAGGCCAGACCUUUUGGUUCCAACCUGCGGUGACCUCCACGACCUACCGGUCCAACAACACCCACUGCCGUCUAAGCUUCAGAUAGUAGUCGUGGUUUCGUAUCGGACCCUCGGAUAGCAAUACUAAAUAAUUUUUUACUAAUUGUAUUAUUAUUAAAUAAUUAGGACAAUGGAAAAGGGAGAUUUGAUCUGGUAUGUAAAAAAGUCCCAAAAUUUAGUAAGAAAUCAUAAUUAUUGGAAGAACAAUUAUAGAGUGUUUCACCCAAGAUCUACUUUUCAAGUAGCCAACCUCCCGAGAUCUACCGGCCUAGUGUCAAUAUUGCAAACCUACCUUCAAGCGGGGGGGGGGGGGAGGUUGUAUCGUGAACCUACGGACUUCAGUUGACGGCUUUCAACUGCUGUUGACAGCGCAUGCGCUACCGCGCGUAUAUGUCCCGCGCAAAUUUUAUUUUAUUUAAAAAAUAAUAAUAAUAAUCUUUUUUUUUCUUCUUCACCCCUCGCGGUCGACUUGGGAUCUGUCGGCGGUCUACUGGUAGACCGCGAUCGACUGGUUGGGCACCCCUGGCUGGUCUUUAUUUUGUAUACAUUGAAUUAAUAUUUACAUGUAACAAUCAAGACUUGUUCAUUGUGGCUUUAGACCAGCUGCUGAUAUUUAUCCGGCCUGUGUGAGCAGUCACAUACCAGAUUAGAACUAAGAUGUCUUACAAAGUUCGCCAAAAAUUUGUUUUUGUUUUGAACCCCAUGAUUUUGAUUGCCUGUCUGAAUGGUACAAUGACUUGCGGAAGGGAUGGUAUGGUGAAUGGCUUACACUGAUUAUUUCAUACAUAGUGUGUGUAUAAUGGCCUGCGCUAAUGAAACCACCUGACCCCACCCUGACACUAGUCUGGCAGAGCCCGCCUGGUGACGUGGUGCUACACUCCUUACCCAACCCUGACGCUCAAACAGACCUCAUCAUGGGAACAUGCCAGGCUACCAUGGACCAUGCUGUGAUGUAGUUAAAGAUUUAGCAAUCAGCUUUUUCACAUGUUUCCAACACUUUAAUAACUACUGUACCUGAAUAAGGUGAAAUGAAUGUAAUCUGAAGUAGCAGUGACCUUAACAAAUAAACGACUGGAGUCACGUGUGCUCUUAAAUGACAGAAAGAA